AUGGGCGCCACCCCGUUCCAUCGGUCCAUCCUUGAGGUCCGGUUGCCGAAGCACUUCGACAAACCAACGGACAUGAGGUACGAUGGAACCCAAGACCCUCUGGAACACCUCACGGCCUUCGAGGCUAGAAUGAAUCUGGAGGGAGUAGGAGACGAGGUGAGGUGCCGGGCCUUCUCGGUCACCCUGGCCGGACCUGCGAUCCGAUGGUUUAACGGCCUCCUGCAGGGAUCCAUCUAUGGGUUUUCGGACAUCAAUCGUGCCUUCUUGGCUCAAUUCACAACACGAAUAGCAAAGGCAAAACACCCGAUCAACCUGCUCGGGAUAACCCAAAGGCCCGGGGAGCCGACCAGAAAAUACCUGGACCGCUUCAACGACGAAUGCUUGGAAAUUGACGGCCUAACCGACUCGGUGGCUAGCCUCUGUCUGACGAACGGCCUCCUGAACGAGGACUUCCGAAAACACCUCACCACGAAACCGGUUUGGACGAUGCACGAAAUCCAAACGGUAGCUAAGGAAUACAUAAAUGACGAGGAAGUCAGCCAGGUCGUGGCUGCCAAUAAACGGCACUCUGGCUACAAUCAACCUAGGCAACAGGGUAACGGAGAGAGAUAA